UGAGGCGAGGGCCCCGAGGCCCUUCGCCAGAAGCUGGGCGGGUAGCCGCGGGGCGGGUCCUGGGGCGAUUCUCCAAUCGGUGCGCACUCCGUUGGCCCAGACUCCGGACCUGCGGGACCCCACCCUGGGCGGACUUCGAAAUUGACCCAAGGACAGACCGGUGCCGCGGCCGGAGCCCCAGCUGGUUUGUCCCCAAGCGAAGAUGCGCGCUCUGCCAGCCCUGGAGGCACCCCGAAUUGAGCGGCUCCUGUCCCGGGACCCCGAGGCCCCCCGGGACCGGGUCGCGACGGAGCCGGCACGCAGGAGCGCAGUGGAGAGGUUGGCGGCCGACCGCGCCAAGUAUGUGCAGGGCCGCCCCAGGGUCGGACGGGGCCCGGCUUCCGAGGGCAGCAGCCCCGGGGCGAGCGAAGUGCCGACAGGCGACCCUCGGCCUCCAGCCCGCGCCCCCGGUGCGGUGGCGCGCAGGGCCAUAGCGCGGAAGCCGCUGAGACCUGACUCGCUGGUAAUGUACCGGCAGAAAUGCGAGUUCGUGCGCGGGCCGGGCGCCGACAGCUUCAGGGGAGGCUUGGUGAGGAAGCUCUUCCAGGGGCCGGGCAAGGACAAGACGCCGGCGUCCCCGCAGACGACCUCGGUGGGAGACGGGGUCCGGGCCAGGGGCGAGGAGGCCGUCCGCACCAGGCCCGACCCGGUACUGGCCCCCGCACUCCCGGCGCCCUCCGCACUUCCGGUGCCCUCUACGCCCACCAGAGUGCCGGCUGCGCCCACCACAGUCCCAGCUGCGCCCCCCAGAGUCCCGGCUGCGCCCACCAGACUCCCGGCUGCGCCCACCACAGUCCCGGCUGCGCCCACCAGAGUCGCAGCUGCGCCCACGGGAGUCGCAGCUGCACCCACCAGAGUGCCGGCUGCGCCCACCACAGUCCCAACUGCGCCCACCACAGUCCCGGCUGCGCCCACGGGAGUCGCAGCUGCACCCACCAGAGUGCCGGCUGCGCCCACCACAGUCCCAACUGCGCCCACCACAGUCCCGGCUGCGCCCACGGGAGUCGCAGCUGCACCCACCAGAGUGCCGGCUGCGCCCACCACAGUCCCAACUGCGCCCACCACAGUCCCGGCUGCGCCCACGGGAGUUGCAGCUGCACCCACCACAGUCCCGGCUGCGCCCACCACAGUCCCGGCUGCGCUUCGGAGCCCAGAGCUGCGAGGGGCGAGGCGCCGGGGCCUGCAGCGCUCACAGUCGGAUCUCAGCUCCCGCUACUCCAUGUCUUUGGCCGAACUUGACACCUUCUUCCAGUACUGCGGCCUGGAGCCCGAGGUGGUAGAGGCGCUCGGGAGGGAGAACUUCUCCGUGGGGUCGGACCGCCUCGCCCUCAAGGUCCGCAGCGUGAGCGUCGCCACCUCCGACAGCGGCUUCUCCCGCCACAGCCGCGGCGACGAGGGACUGCAGGAGGAGGAGCUGACGGAGCAGGUGCCCAGCACCACUUCGGUCGUCGAGAGGAACGCCCGCAUCAUCAGGUGGCUGUACACCUGCAAGAAGGCCAAGGAGACCCCCAACCAGGGGCUGCAGGUUCUGGCGUGACCGCCUGCGCCUGGGGAGACCCGGACCCAAGGUGUGAGCCCGGGAGGGGUGUCUGUGCGCCCUUCUGCGGGGGCUUGGUGGUUGUGACCGAUUUGGAUGGAACCAGUUCUCUAACGUUGUUCGUGACCCUAGAGAUUGAGACGCAGGGUCUCGCGUGUGAGUGACCGCUGCUGCAGGGCAGGAUGGCCAGCGGCCCGGUCCCCGCAGGUCCUGCGCUUUUUCUUGGUCAUGCUCUGCUUCUGACUGCCUGGAAAUGUAUUCUGUGCCUUAACACCAUCCCGGUGGGUUGUUUUUAUGAAAAGAGAAACCGGAGUUAUAAAAUGCUGCCAGAAAGCAGUUUUUCACUUCUCCUGUUAUUAUUUCCUGCGUGGAAGACAGCCCGGGAGCUCUCGUCCCUGUGGGAAUUGACCCAUGGGCACCCUGAAGUUUGGUCGAGCUGAUGGUCGCCUGGAGCCCUGGGUAGCAGCCAUCUCCCCUCCCGCGGAAGGGCAGGCCCUGCUCUGGGUCCCCAGGCCGUCACCGUGGUGGUGGGGAAGGGGAACUCUACAGGGCCUUGGCAGCAGAUUGGCAUGCACUUAGCUGGAAAGGUCUCUGUUUGGCUAAAUCGAGUUUUAAUUGCUUUGAGAGCUUUGUAAGGAGAGUGGAGCUGCUUAGUUCUAGUUCUCGAGGAGCUUCAGUGUGUUGGCCUGGCGUCUGGACCAGGUCGCUCGUGUGGUAGCCGUCCACAGGGCUGUGACUCUAGCUUGUUGGCCUCUGAUGAUAACGCAGGAGGAGGUACAUCUCUUGGCCUUGGGCACCAAUAGCACAGGGGUGAUCUCAAGUUCUCACUGAGGAGAACACAGUUGGUUCUCACUGUCACCUGUCACCCUCUCUCCACACACACGUGGGAACAGCAUUUGUAAGGACAGAGAAGGGAGAGCAGACCAUACUUUUUCAGGGUUCUCUUUGAGAGCCCAGAACUUAAACAAUGCAGCAAGUUUUCUUCUCUUACCUGUCAAUGACAAGUUGCUAUAGAUAAAAGAAAUUCAUGUUAUGGAAGUAUCUUGUCUGUGCCUGACAUAAUCUAAUUGAAGACACAGGGUCAGUCUUUAGGCUGGUGGGGGAGGUGCCACAAGACAUGUUUGUCCAAGGUCACCUGUAUUUGAGGACUGAAAAAAGCCUAGCAAGUCCCCUGAGUGGCCAUCGCCUUAGUGUGGAUGUGAAAAUUAAAAAGGAGAGAUGAAUUCAUUGUUUCUUUUGAACUUGGAUCAUGACUUAAGUUCUUCCUUAUAAUUAUUGAAGAUUAUUUUCCACUAAAUCCCCAAAGAAUGUAUAUAGGAGGUAGUCAAAACUUAAAAACAAAUAAGAAAACAUUAACUUGUGCUUUUCACACUGUCUUUCUGAAUGAGAUGAGCUGAAGGUGCCACACACGCCGUGGUGUGGAGGGUGAGAGUUUAGGGGCUCAGCAUGGGCCCAGAGGGACAUGGACGGAGGCCUGUCCUCUGUCAGCUGUCACAUUUGCACUUGCGGCUUAGGCUUCGAUCGUCCAUGAAAUGAAGGCAGAUAGGAUGGAUGGUCUCCACUUUAUGGCCCUUUAUGAUUCUGUAUAGCCACUAAUCUGCGUAUCCACAUUUCAUGGUUGGAACCCAGAGAGGGAAAAUGAAGCAGCACUGUCUACUGGAGUUGGUCAAGUGUCAGUUUUUUAGUAAGUUCCCCCAGGUUGCCCAAGGCACUGCAUUUCAUGCACAGAGGGAGUUGGAAUUGUUGGUAAUAGAUCUAAGUAACAAAACAAUGCACCAACAAACUGAAAUAAAACCUGGCAACAUAAAAAUAUAAGCAGCCCAGACCCCCCACCCCCACCCCAAUGCUCCAGUGUCAAAGCCUUGACCUGAAAGAGAAUUUAGGAUUUAGUCCAUGAAGUAAACUUCCCAAGUCUCUUUUAGGUUUGAGCCUAAGAAAGAUGUAAGGAGUGCGAUCAGCCUGGGAGAACUUCCACUGAUGACAAUGAGUAGGAGCUGCGGAAAGAGGGACAGUGACAGCGGAGUUAGGAAACUGCUGAGGGGAAACCUGUGCGGGAGAUAGACGACCACAUCCCCACCUCGAUCCUGUUUGCGCAGGUGGGGGAUAGUGUCACCUGCUUUCUGAGCUGUGUCAUAUUAUUGCUCAGAGACGGGAGACAGAGGUCACAAAGGACCUGCCCAGUGUUCUGCAUGUCCUCAGCUGUCACCAGCACUGUAAAUACUUGCUUCACAGUUUUAUUCCCUCAGACCCAAAACAUAGCUCCUGUUCCUGAAAACCCCAGCCCAGGAGACCUGAUGCCUGGCCAGUUGGAGUGUGGGGAGAAAUGAGUGUCCUGGGAGUGAGACGACGUCUGCUUCUGACCACAGCCCCCUGAACCCGACAAGUACAGGCCUACAGGCCAUCUCCUCUGAGGAAGAGCCAGUGGGGACAGCCAGGAUCCAAAGCACAGGGCACGGCACCCUUCGCCUUCGUAAGCGAGGGUCAUCUGGCAACUGGACAAAAGGGCAGUUGACCUGGCCUUACGGGGUUACUGGUUUCAGACUAAAGCCUUAACUUCUGGAAGCUGUGGAAGCAAGAAUGCAAUCUGUCAUUUUUCUCUAGUUUAUCAGGACAUUUGUGUUGGAAUCCAUGCAGAUUCAUUUUAGGGUUUUAUGAAAAUUUCAGAAAAUUUGAGAUGAACAAAGGUAUGCUUUCUGAGUGAACAAUACAUGUAUUUUAUUUGGAGGUUUUUGUACCCUUGGUAGAUAGAGAUUUUUAUCAAUUAAAAUGAAAAUGUACCAUCCAUAACUAGAUAACAGUUUCCUCAGCUUAUUACCCCAUGGAGUAAAAAUGUUUGCUUUUCAAAAUUCAGAGUCAGAGAUAGAGAAUGCACCUGACCUGCUGGGGACCCAUGAGUAAUAGUCAGGCGUGGGUAAUUUCUGUGUUCUGUUUCCCAGCAUGUAAUUCGUGAAAAUUGCUCUUCUGUCUGUUGAUGUUUAGUCAUCUUCCGGUCCUUCAUUUCAUUAAAAUGACAGGCCUGCCAAAAGUUAGGUCUCUCUGAUUUUCGGUCUUUUACAAAGUAUUCUUUAACAUUGGUAUAAAAGAAUGCUAACUUGUCCUUGGGAUUACUUAUGGACAAACAUUGUUUAAUUUCAGGGGAAAAAAUCUCAGGUCUUCCACAGCAGUUUUCACAUUUCUCUUUGAUGAAAAGGAACACCUGUGGGGGCCACUGCACGCUGGUGGCCGCAGCUGGGGGGCCGGAGCUGGGGGCCUGAGCUGGAGGGCCGGAGCUGUGUAUCGGAGCCACACGUCCCGGGGAAGAAGCAAACCUAGCGGCCUCCAGUCUCUGCUCCUUUCUCUCCAGACCAGCUAGCUGGUUGCUCAGCAGAAACGCAGCAUUUAAGUAAACCAGUGGCUUGAGUAGCCGUGAACGCCCCCCGCCCCCCUCAGCCGCGUCAGCAUCACGGUCCCAGGGCGACGGGCGCUUGUUUCCGGACCCGGCACUUUUCGGGUCACUCCGGGCCGUUCCGUGAACGCCAGUUCCAGGGGCUGCGGACAAGCCCCCGACUCAGAGACCAGGUGGGGCUGGCGCGCCGCUGGGGACGGGGGCCUGGCGCUGCCCUGCCCGCCGGUGGCGCGUCCCCAGCUCGGGUCCCCGCCCGCCGGGGGUGGGGGGGGGCAGCCCGGGCAUGCGCAGACGCGCUGCGCCCCGUGUCGCAGGCCCCCGAGUGGCCACAGUCCGCCCUGCGAGCACGCGGCAGCUGGACACGAGGCCUGACUGCUGGCUCCGAGUUCCUGGACCCCCGGAGUUAAAGGCGUUGCUCGCAGACUCACAACCUUCCAGAGCAACUUUGUAUCAGUGACAACGACCCAAAGAAACGCUGUCACCGGUUGACUGUUUCAUAGCUUCCUGUGUUUUGCAAAAUACAAUGUAUCUCCUCAAGAACAAAAUUGUUAGAGAACAAUAUGGAGGGGAUAGAAAUGAGUGUCUCAAUGGUAAAAUAUUUUCAACCAAUUCAUUUUGUUAUAUUAGCAUUUGCUUAAGAUUGUAUUAUAUUUUCAUAGCUGUUUUACUGUGAGAUUAGGUCUUCAAGUUACUUAAAUAUUUAUUUUUACACAGUCAUUGGUCUUCAAACAAGUUGUCUUCACUUCAUGCAGUUUUAGCUUUAAAUGUAUAAUUUUAAAUUAUUUUCUCACUUUCUCCAUUUUCUCCUGGCCAUCUUUUUCAGCCUGUGCCUGUAAGCAGUGUUCAACAGCUCUGUGGGCACAAAAUGGUUAGUUUGAGAGCAAUUCCCAGAUGCGCGUUUUUGGAGGCUCUGUUGGCUUGCAGAGGUGCCUCUCUCAAAGUAGGCUCCAUUUAAAGACAGCGGAUUCCCUGCUCUAAGAAUUUUUCCUCCAACUGUUCCUCUAAAAAUGCCGCUAUUUUGCUGUCACUGGGUUGCACUUAGUUAAAAAAAAUAAUGUCCAAAAUGAGAGGAAUUGUUUAAAGGAUCUCUUCAUAUACUCAGUUUACUUAUUUGCAGGUGUUCCAUUAACUUUAUAUAUGAAAGCUUUAAGUAAAAUUGUUUUGUGCCUUUCUACUGUCAAAAUCGGAUGAACUGAAACCUAGUUCAAAUUUAUUUUAGGGGUGCAGACUCACCAUCCAUAUAAUAGAUGAAAAACAUUUUUUAAAAAAUUGUUUUCUGUUUAAACCACCAAGAUCUCCCAGAAGCACUUGCACUUGAGGGGGGUACAGGUGCAGGGGAGAACCACAUGAGGGGAUUCUGGAAGUAGGUGUCAGAGACGAUUCUGGAAGUAGGUGUCAGAGACGGUGUGACCUCAGGAGCAGGGUGUCCUGUCCCUGCACUCCCACAGGAGGGAGCUGGGUUAACGCCCCUCACUUCCUUUCAGAAUGUGUGGCUGGAGGUGAGAAUCCUUUCCUAACCGGGAAGUACCCCAAUUUGCUGAGUCACUUGGAGAAAAUAAAAUUUUGCAGCUUAGUCUGAAUGAAAAAGCUUGUAAUUCCUUUUCCCAAAAAUGAGCAAUAGUUUCUGCAUCAAAAUAGUUUCAUUUGUUCAUGAAAGAAUAGCAUAUAAAGGAACACAAUUAAACAUGAUAGGAAGGAAAAACUAUUGGUAAAGCAGGAAAAUAGCUUGACAGCAGUCUAUUUCAACAAUACACACUGAUUAGCAGUGACUCAGGCUGGAAGGCAUUCAGGUAACUGAAAAGCGUCCUUAUUCUAUACGCAUGUAUAUAGUUUUUGAACUACUGGUUACUGACACUGGAAUAAAAAGAAGGGUUUAGUAAACACUGCCCUUUCUCAGUUGAUUAACCUUUCGGUGCUGUGGUUAUAGCUGGGUUGGUGAUGCCAUAAAACUUCAGGCCUCGUCAAUUGUUAUUGCAGUUUCCAAACGAGUUUUUCCAGCUACUUGCAACUGGAGUGCAAUAUUGUAUAUUCCAUUUGAAAGAAAUAAGUAUCUUUAUCAUUUAUUAAUAUUAAUUUAUGAAUUUGUACAGUGUGAACAUAAUUGAAGCAAGACUGUGCCUGCUAUAACUUCUCGUAUCUUGUUUCCGUCCUUUCUUCCUGAUACCAUCUUAUCAGAUUAUCAGUAGAUGUGAGCAAAGAAUCCCUGUACCUGUCAUAGGUGAGUCACAUGGCGUCUGUAGUCUCCAGAUCUCCCUGGAGGUGGAAUGCAGU